AUGAAAGUUGCUGUUACUUCUGUGACUUUACAUCCCCUAUGGUGGAUCCUUCUGAUUAUUGGUGUGCAGCAGCUCAGUGCAGGACAAACUGAGGGCCCAUGUCAAGGUAGAGACUGCUCGCAAUGUCGUUGUCUUCCUGCCAAAGGUGCACAGGGGGCUCCAGGCAAGCUUGGUAACCGAGGUCAUCGGGGACCAGUGGGACCAAGUGGACGAGAAGGGCCACCUGGAGAAAAAGGAAGAAGAGGAGCAAUGGGCUUACACGGGCCAGAAGGACCAAAAGGAGAUCGUGGAGUGACUGGACUUCCUGGUUUCUCUGGUCAUGAUGGGUCGCCGGGUCACCCAGGAGCAGGUGGCGAGCCUGGUUUGCCGGGGGUUGAUGGCUGUAACGGGACAGUGGGUCGACCAGGACAGCCUGGUUUGCCUGGUUUGGAUGGCCUUCAUGGGCCACCAGGAUUACCUGGUCUUAAAGGAAGUAAAGGAGAACCUUUGAAUCAUGGUACUCUUUCAGGUCUUCCUGGGGAGCGUGGGAAGGAUGGAGACCAUGGUUUACCUGGAAGACCAGGUGACAUUGGACCUAAAGGACACACUGGCUCUCCUGGCCCUCCUGGGCUUCAGGGUUUUGAUGGGCCUAAAGGUGUGAGAGGACCACCAGGUGACCCAGGAGGAUCACUGCAUGGCGAUAAAGGUGACACUGGUGAGCAGGGCCCACCGGGUCCACCAGGACCAGAGGAAGUUGUAGUGCAUCCUCCAGAGUUCCUUCCUCCUAAAGGUGUCAAGGGAGAUAAAGGCCUUCCUGGACCAUGUGGACUGAAAGGAGAAAGAGGUAAUACAGAAGAAUCAAAUCUUCAAGAAUUUAAAGGAGAACAAGGAAUUCCUGGAUUUCCAGGAGCUAGAGGUUUACCAGGAAACAAGGGACUUUCGGGCCUUAGUGGAAGAACUGGAGAAAAGGGUUAUUUGGGUGAUCCAGGUCCACCUGGCCCUUUGCUGUUUCAUAAUGGAAGUUAUGUGAGAGGUCCAAAAGGAGACCGUGGACAUACAGGUACUCCUGGACUUCCGGGGGAGCCUGGAUCCAUGGGCGUGCCUGGGCCUCCAGGUCCACCAGGGUCCACAGGUUUCCCUGGAGAAAAGGGCAAUAAGGGAGAACCAGGGAGCUAUCACGAGAGCCUAUUUCCAGGACGUAAAGGGGCAAAAGGAGUUCCAGGAGCUAAAGGAGUCAUAGGCCUCCCUGGUCCUCCAGGAUGUGGAGACUAUUACUGUGAACCUGGGUCUCCUGGUGAACCUGGUGAUCAUGGACCUAAAGGACUGCCAGGAAAAAGAGGGCUCAGCGGAAUUAAAGGUUGUCCAUCGGAAUGUGAAUGUAUUGCUGGUAGAGGGAGUGAAGGGCUCCCUGGUCCACCUGGUUAUCCUGGCCUCCCAGGUUUACCGGGAGGUCCAGGACCCAAAGGAGAUCCAGGACUCCAAGGAAAUGAAGGGUCCAGAGGCCCACAAGGCUAUCAAGGAAUUACAGGUUCAAAAGGAAGAAAGGGUCAGAAAGGUGAAUCUUUGGUGGCUGGUAGUGAAGGUGCAAAGGGUGACAAAGGAGAACUUGGGUAUUCUGGUCCCCAUGGUAGAAGAGGUAGACCCGGACAGGAUGGCAUUCCUGGCACAGAAGGAGAACCUGGACCACCGGGUCAUUGGUAUACAGGGUUACCUGGUCCCAAAGGUUACCCAGGUCCACCUGGACUCAAGGGAUUUCAUGGACCUGUAGGUCUCCCUGGCUUUGGUUAUCCAGGCCCAGCGGGCAUACCUGGCCCUCAGGGAAAUCAGGGUUUACCCGGGCCACCAGGAAUUCAAGGACGACCAGGACCUCCAGGAGAAACAGAUAAGUGUUGUCAGGAAGACCAGAUUGGCCCGCCAGGUCCAAAGGGUGCACCAGGUGAACCAGGGAAUCCAGGCCAACCUGGAAGAGAUGGUUUUCCAGGAACACCAGGACAGCCUGGACCUAAAGGAAUGAAAGGAGACAAUAGUGAAACUGGAGGGAUUGGACCACAAGGACCUCAGGGUUUAAAUGGGGAUCCUGGUGACCCUGGUCCGAUUGGAAUUACCCUUGAUGGCCCUCAAGGCUUACCUGGCUUACCUGGGCCUCGAGGAAGGAAGGGUGCUCAUGGAGAAAACCUCUAUCCUAGAACAGGCGAUCCUGGUGCUCUGGGACCUCGUGGAGCUGUAGGGUCUCAUGGAAUCCCUGGAACUACUGGAAGGCCAGGAUUAGAAGGCAUACAAGGCCAACCAGGACAAUUCGGCCGUAAAGGAGAACCUGGGGACAAUGGUGACCCUGGAGCAACAGGUCCCCAAGGCCCACCUUGCACUGUAUGUGAUCUGAUAAGCCCACAGGGCCCUCCAGGACCUCCUGGUCGCCCUGGAAUAAGGGGAGUACCAGGCUACCCUGGUCAGAAAGGUGUGAGGGGAGAUGUCGGACCCCCUGGCCAUGGUCAGAAAGGUUUAAAAGGGUUAUCUGGUAAUCCUGGAGCUCCAGGCCCAGAUGGAUCAAAAGGCACUUAUGGUCCUCCUGGAGAUCCUGGUGAUGAUGGUUUGCCAGGACAGAAAGGGGAGGUGGGCAACCCUGGCAGACCUGGGGCUGGGGGUGUACCGGGACUUCCUGGAUCACCAGGGCCAAGAGGUAAACAGGGAGAACAAGGUUUUAGUGGUCGCCCUGGUAUUCCAGGGGAUUCAGGACUGCCUGGAAAGAAAGGUGUGCAUGGACCCCCAGGAGACCCAGGAGCAAUAUUUCUUAGUAUAAUAAAAGGGCAGAGUGGACCUCCAGGAAACAGAGGUCCAAAUGGCCAGGCAGGACUUCCAGGUCCAAAGGGUCAAAGAGGGACACCAGGUGAUUCAGGGCCUGAUGGAAGGCCUGGCAUUCCAGGAUUUAAGGGUCCUGCUGGUUUUCCGGGCAGGCAAGGAGUAUCUGGACCACCUGGAUUUCCUGGAAUUAAGGGCUUCACAGGUCCAAGAGGAUAUCCUGGACUUCCUGGAGAUAGGGGGGAUUCAGGGCCUCCAGGACACAGUGGUUUCCCGGGACUUCCAGGAUUACCUGGUGCCAAAGGUGAUCAAGGACAGUUCUAUGGGAGGUCUGGUCAACCAGGACCAAAGGGAUUUCCAGGCGAAUCUGGGCCAAGUGCACUUAGAGGAAGCCCAGGAGAUCAAGGUGAGCCAGGACCAAGAGGAAGACCAGGGGAACCUGGACACCCAGGCAGUCUAGGAGAAAUGGGAAGACAAGGAAGUCCAGGUUUUCCUGGACCUCAUGGUCCUCCAGGCCGUCCAGGCUUUCCAGGUCCUCCUGGUGACCAAGGAGGCAUGGGCCCACCAGGAUCCCCUGGUCCAUAUGGGCUUCCAGGGCAACCUGGUCCACCAGGUCUUGAUGGACUGGAUGGACUAAGAGGUCCAAAAGGAAUGAUGGGAUCAAGUGGUAUAGGUAUUCCUGGCCCUCCUGGACAAGAUGGCCUUCCUGGAGUCAAAGGCAUCAGGGGGCCCCCAGGAUCUCCAGGACUGAGUUAUCCAGGGUCUAAAGGCCAACGGGGGGCACCUGGAAACACAGGUCUUCCAGGCCCUCCAGGUGAGCCUGGUUACCCUGGCACAACAUGUCAAACACCAGUGCCAGGAACGCAGGGUGACAGAGGAUAUGAGGGACCCCCAGGACCCCCAGGACCACCUGGAUUGCCUGGAUUGCCAGGCAAUAGUAUUUUUUUCAAGGGAGACCCAGGACCAGUUGGCCCUCCCGGAUUACCAGGUUGUAAAGGGAAUAAGGGCCUUCCAGGACCUCCUGGACUUCAGAACCACUUUGGCCUUUCAGGACCAAAAGGGGUGCAAGGGUCAGCUGGUCCAAGAGGCCCUAUGGGACAGAAAGGUCAGAGAGGUGCCCCUGGGCCUCAGGGUCGCAAGGGAGAACUUGGCAUUGUUGGAGAUACAGGUGUUAGAGGUGCCCCUGGUGACCUAAUCACUGAAGGUUUAGGAUCGGCUCCUCCUGGAUCUCCAGGACCACGUGGUGCCCCCGGACCAGUUGGAUUUGCAGGUCGUGUGGGUCCACCUGGGCCUCAAGGAUGGGAAGGAGAAAGGGGCCCUAAAGGGUAUGCGGGCUUUCCUGGUAGACCAGGUCCUCCUGGUCUUGAUGGUUCAGUUGGGGACCCAGGAGAUAUUGGUGUGUCAGGAUUUUCAGGGCCUCAAGGUACCCCUGGUUCUCCUGGUGAUCCAGGUGAUCCAGGCUACAGAGGGCCAUUAAAGUCAUCCUACCUUUUGGUUGUCCACAGCCAGUCAAUUCAUGUGCCACACUGCCCUGUAGGCAGCACCCAGCUUUGGGUGGGAUACAGUCUUGUUUACUUAGAAGGACAAGAAAAGGCUCAUACACAAGAUCUGGGUCAACCUGGUUCUUGUCUCUCAGUUUUUUCCACCAUGCCUUUUUCCUACUGUGACAAAGCUGCCUGCUACUACUCUAGUCGCAAUGACAAAUCCUACUGGCUCUCGACGACUGCUCCUAUACCCAUGAUGCCACUCUUUGGGCCAGAAAUAAACACCCACAUAAGCCGGUGCGUAGUGUGUGAGAUGGUUUCACCAGUGGUGUCCUUUCACAGUCAGGAUCACGCUGUCCCUCCAUGCCCACUUGGCUGGAGGAGUUUGUGGACAGGCUACUCCUUCCUCCUGCACACGGGGGCAGGAGAUGAAGGUGGAGGACAGUCACUGACUUCCUCAGGAAGCUGCCUUAAAGAUUUCCGAACUCAUCCCUUUAUUGAGUGCCAAGGUGCGAGGGGCUCCUGUCACUACUUUGCUAACCUCUAUAGUUUUUGGUUGACUACUGUGAAUAAGACAGAGCAGUUUAUCAAUUCAAAGUCUGGCAUCAUCAAAGCAGCCAAUGAGCAGCGUCACAAGGCCAGCCGCUGUAAUGUUUGCUUUAGAGAAAGGUAA